AUGCCCGCUGCUGUCCCCCCUAUCACCGGCAUGCUCCGCCGGGGACUCGUCCUUGACCUGAGCACCGCCUUCGGUUUCGGAACCACCUUCGGUUACCUCUGGUGGUACGGUUUCCACCUCCCCCGCGUCCGUGCCCGUGACACCUAUUACGCCCGCCUGGAGCAGGAGCGCGCCGCCGCUCAGGCAUAA